AUGUUCCGGAGCUUCGGAGCGAUCUCUUUAGCCACCUUGGCCUCGGCCGACUGGCCCACGCCCAACUGGCAUGGCUGCGUGGACCCCAAGGCGUUGUCUCUGCCAUACUGCAACACAAAGCUCUCCAUUCAGGAGCGUUUGGAUGAUUUGAUGUCGCGCCUGGACCGGAAUGACAAAAUCCGUCAGAUCACGCCAGAUCAGAAGCUUGGAGGAACAUGCACCACCUUCACAAGCGGCAAGGAGGAGAUUGGCCUUCCUCCUUGGCUCUGGCUGGUCGAGUCCAACACCGGUGUCGAUGCAGCAUGUCCGGCUGAAGGUCAUUGCGUGACAAAUUUCGUUGGACCGAUGGGCAUAGCUGCCUCCUUCAACGAGUCCUCCUGGCUUCUCAAGGGCCAGGUCUUGGGCACAGAGCAGCGUGCAUUGUCCAACUACGGCGCCUCGCGAUUUCAUCAGGAUCACAAGAAUCCUGUGUGCUUGACGGGCUUCGGCCCGAACGUCAACAUCGCCCGAGACCCUCGCUUCGGACGAACCUCCGAGCUUGCAGGCGAAGAUCCGCUCUUGAGUGGGACGUACGCCAUGAACAUGGUGAAGGGGAUGCAGGAGAAAGAUGCUGCCGGGCACAAGAAGAUCGCGGCCUAUCUGAAGCACUACACCGCCUACUCCACGGAAGCGAACAGAGGUCACGAUACGUACAACAUUUCUACUUUCGAUUUCUUCGAUACCUAUCUCGCUCAGUACAAGCUGGCCUUCACUGCGCAGCCAGCAGGCGUGAUGUGCUCCUACAAUGCCGAGAACGGGCGCCCUUCCUGCGCCAACGACUUCAUCCUUAACAAGCAGCUGCGCAGCUGGAAGCCAGAUGCCCAUGUCACCACGGACUGCGGUGCAGUGAACAACUUGAAGGGCCCCCCAGUGAAUGCGCCGGAUGAUGCUCACGCCGCGGCGAUGGCACUGAUGAACGGAACUGACCUCGAGAUGGGCGACACCCUCUUCUCGAACCUGUCCCAGGCCAUCGACAUGGGCCUGGCAACUGAAGCACGGCUGACAGAGGCUGUUCGACGGUCCUUCCAAGUGCAGUUCGAAGUUGGAAGGUUCGACCCGGCAAACAGCACGGAAUUUCAUCGGUACGGACUCCAGGACAUCAAUAGCUCGUUGCACCAGCAAAUAUCCUACGAAGCAGCUCUGCAGAGUUUCGUUCUACUGAGGAACGAUGGUCCGGUCCUUCCGAUUCGCCAGGGGUCCUCAGUAGCAGUCGUCGGGCCCCACUCGAUGAGCCGAAGUCAGCUAUUUUCAGACUAUGCUGCCGGCAGCCACUGCUUUGACGGUACGGAUGCCUGCGUCCCGACGAUCACUGAGGGCUUGCGCACGGCCAAUGCGGGAGGACGCACGGUUUCCAGCAUGGGCGUGGAGAUCAACAGCACAAAGGCUGACGGCAUCCCAGCCGCCCUGGAAGCUGCUCGCAACGCAGAUGUGGUCGUUCUGGCACUUGGGGAUGACAGGACGAUCGAGACCGAGGGGAAGGACCGGGAGGACACGGCACUCCCAGGUUUGCAAGAGAGCUUUGCCCACAAGGUCCUGGCUUUGAAGAAGCCGACCAUCCUGGUCCUUGUCAGCGGUGGGCCCAUGGCCAUAGAUUCCCUCAUGAGCCGGAGCGCGGGGAGCCCCUAUGCCAUUGUGCAAGCUUUCUUUCCGAGCCACAAGGGUGCCGAGGCCCUGGCUGCAAGCUUCUUCGGCAAGGAGAACCGCUGGGGCAAGCUGCCAGUCACAAUGUAUCCACACAAGUACAUCUCCGAACAGCCCAUGACAAAUUACGACAUGUCAAAGGCGCCAGGACGCACGUACAAGUACUACCAGGGCCAGGCACUGUUCUCCUUCGGAUAUGGCCUGUCCCUUACCACCUUCAAGCUGCAGUGCGCACAGAAGAAGGCGCCAACUGGGAAGCUGGCUGUCGAGUGCAAACUAAGCAACACUGGGAAAGUUUGUGGUGAUGAGGUUAUUCAGGUUUACCACACGGCAGUGGACAUCGGCAAAGUGGAUCACCCCCUUCCCAAGCGUGCUCUAAGACACUUCCAGCGGUUGCAUGUGCCGGCUGGUGAAGAAGCAACAGUCUCCUUUGAUCUCCCAACGUCCAUCCUGGAGGUGGUCAACAAGGAUGGCGAGCAAAAGCUGUACCCGGGAAAGCACGCUCUCAUCUUCUCUCGCGGAGAGGUCGACGAUGAGCAGCGCUUCGAGAUCACUGUGCCAGCCAUCGAGGCUGGCACGUGGCAUGUGGCGACCCACCCGCCCUCUCAGUCUAUGUUGUACGUGAUACUGUUGAGGCAGGCAUUCCUGAAGAAAGCAGUUUACCUGCCAGACUGGUUGGGGAUGAAUCGAGAGGACAUAACUUACUUGGACGACUUUCUUCGGAUCACACGAGGGGGCGAUGGAUCUCUAUUUAUUCUGGUGAAGGAGGAUGCUGCAGGUCCAGAUGCUGGCACUCGCGAGAAGCUCAAGAAGGAGUCAGGCGAGGAAGUGGUGCAGGGUUCUGGAGCCGUGCGCUGGAUCAGUACACUUGGCCUGGGAUCGUAA